AUGACGAUGAUGAUUGUCCAGCGACUCAAGAAGAAAUCAAUCAGAUGCCUUUCGCCGUCGAUCAGUUCAAUCAGAUGGCAUAAAAACAGCAAAGAUUAUGCAAAAAAUAGUUUCGAACGAUGGAAAAUGGAAUCGUGUCGUUUAGGCGGCUUCCUCCCACUGUUUCCGCGGAAAAAUUCAUUUCUCCUGUACAGGUGCCGUGUUUAUUUUCGCGCAGCAUUUUUGAAGUUGGUGAAACUGGAAAGCGCUCUCACAGCGAUUUGUUUCAGUCAUUUAAUGGAGCGGUAUGAUGGUACGAAUUGGGAUUUCCAGUUGUUUCGGAGCAUUUAUGGCGAAGAAGUGCUGAAAUUAUUCGACUGCGAAAUUGCCGUUUCAGUACAAACGGAGUUAAUGGAUUGCGAAAAUGUAACAGCGUAG